GAUUUCUGUGUCAACUAGCUACCAGUAGUCAACACAUGAUCAGUGCAUUCACAACUACACAGAGCUGCAGUAUACUUUUUUAGAAAUUGACAUAAAACAAUCUCUAUGCCUCCAAUGUCUGAAACAAUGGAUAUUUUAGGAACUCAAACACGGAAAACUAACUUCAGUAUAGAUGCUAUCAUGGCAAACCAGAAAAUAAAAGUUGAAGAAUUAGAUGAAGAAGAAGAUGCUAUUGAUGUUGGAAGAGAGGCAGAAGACAUGGUUCCUCAGCUCCAAUUAGAAACAAAAAUCAAGACGGAGAAGAUAAGUAAGGAAAACAGAAUAAAGGGACGGUCUACUUGCUCCGAACUAGACGGAGUCAAGUGUACCCUGGACAACAAGGAGCUAUGGGACAAGUUCUGUGAGUUUGGAACAGAGAUGAUUAUUACAAGAACAGGACGGAGAAUGUUUCCUACCGUGAGGGUUAGCUUCUCCAACCUUGAGACUGAACCUGGCACUAAAUACUUGGUUCUCCUGGAUAUAGUUCCUUGUGACAACAAGAGGUAUAGAUAUGCAUACCAUAGAUCAGCUUGGUUGGUGGCAGGUAAAGCUGACCCACCUCCUCCCCACCGUUUAUACGCGCACCCAGACGGUCCUUUCACAGGAGAACAACUUAAGAAACAAGUUAUCAGCUUCGAGAAAGUGAAGAUUACAAACAACGAAACAGAUAACACAGGACAGGUUAUCCUGAACUCCAUGCACAAGUUCCAGCCCCGGGUCUACCUUGUACGGAGGAAGGACGGAGAAAGUUCCUCUGUCUCCGAUAUUGAGAGAGAAGAGUUCCGGAGCUUUGUAUUUCCAGAAACACAGUUUACAGCGGUUACUGCAUACCAAAAUCAACUGAUUACAAAACUCAAAAUUGAAUCCAACCCGUUUGCCAAGGGGUUUAGAGACACGUCCAGUUCAGAAUAUGAUGAUAAUCCAUAUCCUCACCUUUCAAAUAUGCCGGGAGGUAUGCCAGGAAUGGAUCCUUUUGCAAGGAUGGGAAACCCAAUGGGGUUUCAUCAUGAAUCCAACAACAACCUGAUGAUGGCAGCGGAGAAAGCAAGAAUGAUGAUGAUGCACAACAGCAGACCCCUCUUUUCUCCUCCAACAACUCUCCAUUCUCAUAAUUUACCUGUCUCUCCAGAACUACUUGCAAGAUAUAGCGCAAUUCAAACCUUGGGGUUCUACAAUCCUGCUCUUCUAGCCGCAGCUCUAAGACAUAUGCCAAGUUCUACUUCUCCAAGAUCUCCAGAAAGUCCUCAGUCCCACCGAUAUUCUCCAUACACCAUACCUAAACCUUCACACAGUCCUACUUUAUCUCCUGGUAGAGAAGAUGAAAGGAGAUCACUGAGUCCCCCCUCUUCUCCUUCUUCAGCGAUCCGACCCUCUUUCCCAAUAUGCAGAUAGAUAGAUUUAUAUGUAUGUACAGUAACCGUUUAUUGGCUGUGAGUUUACAAAUAUCAUUAAAAUGAAAUAUAUGUUCGUAAAGUAUAAA